UUAUCUUUGCCAUCAGCAUUUCAGCAGACGACAGACUGUUGUUUUCCGCGAGUGGGACAUUGAUUGUUCGAAGGAGGUUUUACGCUACGAAUUGCCGUAGAGGAUUUAGAAGUAACAACUGUUUAAAACCAAAUCAAGACCUUCUGUACAUAAAAAAUAAACAAAAACCAAGUACGUUCCAUGGCUGGAAGAGGAAGAGGCCGUGGGCAAAACGUGUCUUUUAACAUCGAACAAUUAGGAUUCGGUAGAGGCGAAGCAGUGCCUAUAUCUGUCACCCAGCCCCCUCCACUUUUUCCCACUUUAGAAAACAGGCCUCUUCCACUAAUUAAAGAUGUUGAGUAUGAAUACAUACUUGUAACUCAAAAAGAUUUGAACACAAGAAUGAGAAAUUCAUCAUUCCACUUGAAUACAGCAAUAGAGAUCAAAGAAAUUCAGCAAUACUCUGACAAAAUCCACAACCCAUCUUAUGAAAAGGAAUUACCUGUUCUCUGGAAUCGGAUGCCAACUGAGCUGAAGAAAGUUAUUGCAAAGAGAUUAACUUUAACAAAAUUGAAAACUGUAAAAAGUGGUAAAAAGAAAAAAAUUGAAGACCCUGAUAAAAUAUUUGCCAAACUGGAGAAAAAAGAAAUAGUUGAAAGUGAAGGUGAAGAUGGAAAGGAAGAUGAUGAAAAGGAUAAUACUGAUGAUGAGAAAGUGGAAAUGGAAGAUGAAAUUGAGGAUGAUAUAGAUGAAGAAAUGGAUGAAGGAACAGAUUAUGCUAGAGAUUAUUUUGACAAUGGAGAAGGAUAUCUGGAUGAAGAUGACAAUCUUGAUGAAGGAGAAGCACAGUUUUAGGAUUUCAAGUGAUUUUUCAUGCAAAAUCAAGCAACUGGAAUAAAUUAUUGUUUUGUUAA